AUGGGAAUAGAACCAUAUGGUUUACAUUAUAUACUUAUUGCUCUUUGCAUUAUUUUCAUCGAUGCUCGACUUAUUCCAUCAGAGUCUGUAGUCGAUGAACCACUUACCAUCGAUGUUAUAUCAACUAAUAAUAUACCUAUUGUUCCUGAAGUUUCAAUGAUGGGUCGAGUUAAUAUAUUACCAGUAACAUCAAAACAAGCUAAUACUUCAGUGUGCUAUCCUGUUCUUGGUUGUUUUGAUAAUAAUGAACCAUAUAAUAAUGCUGGUUUAGAAGUACCUCAAACACCUGAACACAUUAAUACACAAUUUCUUUUAUUUACACAAGAAGCGUCGACAACACCAGAGACUCUUUUCUAUGAUGGUAAUGAUCAAUCAAUUAUAGAAUCAAGUAUUAAUCCUUCUCGAUGGUUAAGAAUUAUUGUUCAUGGUUUUACGAAUAAUCGAAAUAGUAUUUGGAUAAAACCACUUCAAGAUGAAUUAUUAAAAUUAAAAGAUAAUGAAUUAUCGGAUGUGCUUAUUGUUGAUUGGGGUAAUGGUGCAAAAUUUCCAUUAUAUACUAAUGCUGCUUCAAAUACACGUCUUGUUGCUAAACAAAUUGGUUUACUUUUACAAAAAUUACAUAAUAUAAAAGGAUUUACAUAUGAAAAAAUUCAUUGCAUUGGACAUAGUCUUGGUGCACACACAUGUGCUUUAGCAUCAAAUAUAAUUGAUAAUCAAAUGGCUCGUAUUUCUGGUCUUGAUCCAGCCGGUCCAUUAUUUGAAGGAAAAGAUAUAGUUGUUCGUCUUGAUAAAAAUGACGCAAAAUUUGUUGAUGUUAUUCAUACAAAUACAGAAAUUGCUUUUGGAAUUGGUUUAGGAUCAAAUCAACCAUCAGGACAUGUAGAUUUUUAUGCUAAUGGUGGACAACAUCAACCAGGUUGUCCUUCAGUGCUUUCACUUCUUGGCAAUGUAAUCCAUGGUCAUAGUGAAGCAAUUUUUGAGCAAACAUCAUGUUCACACUCUCGUUCUCAUGGAUAUUUUACUGAAUCAAUCAAUUCAAAUUGUCGAUAUAAUGCUUUUCCAUGUAAAGACUAUAAUAGCUUCAUCAAUGGUCAAUGUCUUGAAUGUUCAACAUCAGGUUGUGCUCAAAUGGGCUUUUAUUCGAUUUAUUCACUUGGCCAUGGUAAUAUGUAUUUAACAACAAAGGACACUUCACCAUUUUGCGGUAAUCAUUAUCUUAUUGAACUUGUACUCGAUCAAGAUAUGAUUGCAACAAGUGGUGAAAUUUAUGUUUCAAUUCAUUCAAAUUAUGAAAUAUUAACUAAUGCCAGUAUGACUUUGAAAUCGAAUUCUGAUAUAAAAUCAGGUGAUAUAUUUCGUCAUGUAUUCAGUUAUAAAGCUGAUUUGGGUAAAGUUGAUUAUGCUAUUGUACAAUUUAAUAAAGCAAAAAGUUUCUUUGGAUGGGGUAGUGAAAAAGGUAAUGCAAUUGCUAUUUCACGUCUUCGUUUGAAAUCAAUAGAAGAUAGUGUUGUUUCAUCGUCAAAUAAACCGAUUGUUUUAUCUCCUAAUAAUGAAAAUUUAAGUUCGCCAAAGAUCGCCGCCGCAGCUACUAAUAUAAUUGACCGUCAUCUGGCAAGGAUCGUUGCGGGCAAUGCAGAAAAUUUACGUGCACAUCUUGACUCGAUGUAUAAACUGCUGCGACCCGACGAUCGCCUUACCCUGAUGGUCCAAUUGGAAAGUGGUUUUCCAAAUCGUUUUCGUUACCUAGUCAUUGUUACAUGUGUCGGAAGACAAGAAACAGAAGAAUCGGCUAUUCUUGGUUUCGAUGUUGAUACAAAUGAGAUUACAAUCGGUAUGACAUUACCAAUAUGGGCCGAUUUGGAUAUAUCACUCGACGGUGAUGGUGGUUUUAAAUUAACUUCGUACGAUCGAUGUCAUAUUUUCAAGCCGGUGAGCGUACAAGCUCUGUGGACUGCUUAUCAGAGUUUGCACAAAGCAUCAAAUCAAGCUCGUCUUUAUAAUUAUAUAGCUAAUAAUGGUAUAACACAUAGUUGGAUUGAAUAUUAUCGUAAUCCAGAUAUACGUUCAAAUCAAAUCUAUGUUAAUGAAUGGAAUCAAAUGGAUGAUAUUUUAUCACAUCGUAGUGAUUCACCUCAUUUAUAUCAACCAUUAUCGUCAGAUGAAGAAACACUUCGUGCUAGAAUACAUGUUAAAUUAAAGGAAAUUAUGUUACAAGUUGAUCUUGAUGAAGUGACAUCGAAAUUUUUACGUGAACAAUUAGAAAAUGCCUUUCAAAUGUCUUUAUCUCCUUAUAAACAGUAUAUUGAUGAUGUUAUGUUACAAAUUCUUGCUCAAAUGGAUAAACCAACAAUGAUUUUACCACAUUUAUAUCUUGGUUCUGAAUGGAAUGCAUCAAAUUUUGAAGAAUUAAAAGCAAAUAAUAUUGGUUAUGUAUUGAAUGUUUCACGAGAAAUAGAUAAUUUUUUUCCUGGCCAUUUUAAGUAUUUAAAUGUUCGUGUACAUGAUCAUGAUGAUGCAGAUUUAUUAAAAGAAUGGGAAAAAACAUUUCGAUUUAUAAAUGAAGCAAAAGCUAAUAAUCAAUGUUGUUUAGUUCAUUGUAAGAUGGGUAUUAGUCGAUCUGCAUCGACGGUAUUAGCGUAUCUUAUGAAAGAAAACAAUCAUUCAUUUGCUGAUGCUUUAGAACAUGUAAAAACACGACGAUCAUGUAUCAAUCCAAAUGGCGGUUUUAGAAAUCAAUUACUUAUUUAUGAAGGAAUACUUGCAGCAAAUAAAACAUUUCGAAGUAAAUUAAAUGACAGUCAAACAACUACAACAACAAUUGGAAAAAAAACAGUGACUAUAUCUGCAAUAUCUUCAUCAUCUGUUAGUACUAAAAGUACAUCGAAUAUAUCUGUUCAACGUUCAUCAUCAUCAAAUCCAAUAGUUCUUAUGCGUACACGAUCUCCGAAUAAAUCAAAUUCUAUUGUUGUUGUACCUCGACAAACAUCUGAGCAUUGUAAACAGCCAUCACAUGUAACUACUCGACCGAAUUCCAUGAUUUAA